AUGAAGGGGCGACUGUUUCCCCUGACAGAACAUGCCAACGCGUCGUCCGCAGGAUCCUUCUGGCACGGCCCCGCCAGACACACUUCAGACUGCCAAAAGAGUGGCGCAUUUGCCACCCUUAUCGCAGGCAGCCCUCCAACAGGUGGGGCGGAGGAGCCGCACGGAGGCGGCGUGCCUUUGAUGCGCUUUGUCAAAACAUGGAGGGCUCUUCGCUUUGAAAUGCAUCGGCUCUCGGGGCGGAUGUGUGAAAGAAAGAAAGGGGUGGGCGGUGGGUCGCCUCGGACGGUGGAAGGCAGCCUCUUCCAGAGUCAAACGGCCGGCCGCGUCGCUGCCAAAGCCAAGCAAUUAAUUGGGCUCUUGCAAUCGACUAGUCCCUAUGGCGGAGGCUCUGAGCAGCGGAGGCGAAUGUAG